AUGACAGAUGCCACCAAUAAAUCAAGAACCAUAAUCUGCAUAGGAGACAUCCAUGGUUACCACAACAAACUCCUCAAUCUUUGGUCCAACCUCCAAUCUCAAAUCGACCCAGAAUGUUUCAACACCGCCACCGUCAUCUUCCUAGGUGACUACUGUGACCGUGGACCCGACACACGCAAAGUAAUGGAUUUCUUAAUCUCUUUGCCGAAGCAGUAUCCCAAUCAGAAGCAUGUCUUUUUGUCAGGAAACCAUGACUUUGCUUUCGCCGGGUUUGUCGGGGUGUUGCCGGGGGAGUUUGAAGCGAAGGACACUUGGCAAGAGUAUUUGGAUAUUGAGGAAAGAGAAGGGUGGUAUAAGGGAGAAGGGUAUGAAAAGAUGCAUUUGCAAGGGGGAGAUGGGCUGAUUUUGAUCAUGGCUGUCCUGAACGAUCACAAGAAAUUUCUAGCUGAUAUGCUUUUAGAAACUGAAUGUGAUCAGAAUGUGCUAAAUGCUUUAACAGGCAAAUUGCAGAAAAGUAAGUUAGUAAGCACUUCUUUAGUUUCCUGGAACAAUAAUGUGCAGAGGAAGGACUUAAAACAUUGUAAAUUGAUUGCUGUACAUGCUGGUUUAGAGAGAGGUAAAAAUGUCCAAGAGCAGCUGGAAUUUUUGAAAGCCAGAGACAGCCGUGUGCCCAAGGUAACAGAUCUCAGCGGGAGGAAAGAUGUUUGGGAUAUCCCCAAGGAGCUAACUGAGACAAUUGUGGUAAGUGGUCACCAUGGGAAACUUCACAUAGAAGGUCUUAGGCUGAUUAUUGAUGAAGGAGGAGGAAUGGAGAGUAAUCCAGUGGCUGCAAUCGUGCUUCCUUCAAUGAAGAUAGUCCGUGACACGGAUAAUUUUUCUUAGUUUCAAGUUUCUAGAAGAUGGUCAUCAGAUAUCCACUUACUUUCUGACAUGAUCCCUUGUUCUUGGGACAUUAAGUAUCUCCAAGCCGGUAGAAAUAAAAGUGAAUUUGGAUGCACUUAUUAGGUAAUUUUUCUUCUAAUCUGUUUAUUAUGUCGUCAAUUUACAGAUUAUAUGGAAACCGAUUACUGGUCUUUAAAUUUCCUAAAUGGAUAAUUCUGCAAGUUGUCCAAUAUGUUAAUAGCAUAUGUUCUGUAUUGGAUGGUUCAUGUGGGUUGGAAUUUUGGAUAAAGAAGAGACAUAUCAA